CAGAUAAGCAAGCGAGAAACGAUGAGGACGGCGCAUAAGUGGAAGAUUUAUUUUGGUUUCACCAUCUCUCACCAAAAAUGAUGCGAUUUUGUGAGAGAACGCAACCUUUUGUUUUCUCGCAAAAUCGCAUGAUCCAAAGGUGUUGUAAUCAUCACGUCCAUUCGCCAAUCGCAAAAGAAAUAUCCCUCCCAUUUUCCCUCUUGGGCCCACCGGAGAUCUACUGCCAACCCACCACUACGACAACCACCACAACCGGCGACCCAUUCACCCUCCUGGGUCCACCGGAAAUCUACCGCCAACCCACCACAACCGGUGACCCAUUCAUCCACGAAAUGGUAACCAAUCCCAACAACUCUGCCACUAUCCCACCAACCAACAUGGGCUACACCGAAAACCGGUCCCCCACCUUCCUCUCCACCACUAACCCUUGCCUCGACUUCUUCUUCCACGUGGUGCCUAGCACUCGUCCCAAAAGGUUAACCCUACGUUUAAAGUCGGCGUGGGAACACGACCCUCUGACCACUCUCAAACUGGUGUGUAACCUCAGAGGUGUGCGAGGAACAGGGAAAUCAGACAAGGAAGGGUGUUACACAGCCGCGUUAUGGCUACACGAACACCACACGAAGACACUGGCUGGUAAUGUGGGGUCGUUUGCUGAAUUUGGGUACUUCAAGGAUUUGCCAGAGAUUCUAUACCGGAUUCUAGAAGGUCCCGAAGUCAGGCGAGAAGCGAAGAAAGCAAGGAACUCGGAAAGGAUAAAGGCGAGGAAAUCGAAAAGGAUGAAGAGAGCGGCUAAGUUGUAUAAGAGCGACAAAAUGACAACGUUUAAUUCGGAGACGACAAAGGAGGCUAGGAUUUUGGUGGCAAUGAAGAGGGCAGAGAUUGAGGAGGCGAAGGCUCACGAAUCGAGGGAGGAGAAGAGGAUCGCCGCGGCAAAAAAGGCCGUCGAACGCUACAGCCACGAUGCUGAUUACAAGUUACUCUACGAUCGAAUCUCCGAUGUAUUCGCUGAUUUUCUCAAAUCGGAUAUUCAGCACUUCAACUCCAACCAGUUGAACAAAAUCAGCCUCGCUGCCAAAUGGUGCCCUUCUCUCGACUCCUCGUUUGAUAAAUCGACUCUACUUUGUGAAAGCGUCGCGAAAAGAGUUUUCCCUCAUGAAUUAUACGAAGAGUAUGACGGUGUUUCAGAAGCGCACUACGCUUUCCGAGUUCGCGACCGAUUACGUAAGGAAAUCCUCGGACCGUUGCGAAAAGCCCUAGAGUUACCCGAGGUUUAUAUAGGGGCUAAUCAGUGGGGUUCUAUUCCGUACAACAGGGUUGCCAGCGUGGCAAUGAAGUUUUAUAAAGAGAAGUUUUUAAAGCACGAUACGGAACGGUUUGUGGAGUAUUUGGCAAACGUGAAGGCUGGAAAGGCGACCAUUGCGGCCGGGGCGUUGUUGCCGCACGACAUCAUAGCAUCGUUAAAUGACGGGGAUGGGGGAGAGGUGGCAGAGCUUCAGUGGAAGAGGAUGGUGGAUGAUUUGUCAAAGAAGGGGAAAAUGAAGAACUGUUUGGCUGUUAGCGACGUUUCGAGUAGUAUGAGUGGGAUACCAAUGGAGGUUUCGGUUGCGCUUGGGGUUUUGGUUUCUGAACUGAGUGAAGAGCCGUGGAAAGGGAAGCUUAUUACGUUCAGUCAUAACCCGACACUUCAGAUGGUUUUAGGCGAUGAUUUGAGGUCAAAGACGGAUUUUGUGAAGAGAAUGGAGUGGGGGAUGAACACUGAUUUCCAGAAGGUGUUUGACUUGAUACUGGAAGUGGCUGUCAAUGGGAAAUUAACCAAAGAACAGAUGAUCAAGAGGGUGUUUGUGUUUAGUGACAUGGAGUUUGACAAGGCGUCGACGACACCUUGGGAGACGGAUUACCAGGCGAUUGUAAGGAAGUUUGGGGAGAAGGGGUACGGGUCGUCUGUGCCGGAGAUUGUGUUUUGGAAUCUGAGGGACUCGAAGGCGACUCCGGUGCUUGGGAACCAGAAAGGGGUGGCGCUUGUGAGCGGGUUUUUGAAGAAUUUGUUGACCGUGUUUUUGGAGGAGAGUGGGGUAUUAAAUCCUGAGGCUGUCAUGGAAGCGGCCAUUUCUGGUGAGGAGUAUAAGAAACUGGUUGUGCUUGAUUGAUCAUGUUCUUAUCAGCUGAAUAAUGUAUUAGGAUCAUGAUCUGGAUUUGUUUCCAUUUCAUUUUUUUGUGUAAAUGAUUUAGUUCUUAAUGGAUGAGAGUGGAGCUAUGGAACGUAUAACUCACCUUAUACCGUAUCUCCUUAAACGAAUCCGGCCGACAAACUGGCAGAACUUGUCCAUGAUCAUGCUUAAAGCAUUUGGGGCUCACAGUUGGCUAAACCGUGGGGGAAAAAACCUUUAUCAGUUGUUGAAAGUUAGUAAUGACUCGAACUGUGUGAUCUUACCCAUGGUUACUGGUGAUGAUCGAUAUGCUGGUUUUUCAAGUGUAAUUUUGUUCGUCCUCCUAUUUUCGGUGGUUCUGCAAUUCCCCACGAUCGAUUUUGUUAUGUUUCUGUUUUCUCUAUAUUUGAUUAAUUUGGU